AUGGCGCGCUUUGCCGUUCUUGCCGUCUGGAGUUGUCUCCUGCUUCUUCGCGUCCUGAAAGGGACGGAGCUUGAGCUCGACGGCUGUGAGGCGGACGGCUGUGAGGCGGACGUGUCUUCUGCUCUCCAGGUGGGCGGUGGCAGAGGGCAGGAUGAGGAGGAUCUGGAAGCAGAGGAUCCGGAUCUGGAGGAAUACGAUCCGGAGCUUGAUGCAGAGAACUGUGAACAGGUGUGCUGUUACUCAAGAUUCAAAGCUCCAGAGUCUCUCUGUGGUUGCCUUGCUGCGCAGUCGAUUUCCUGCAAUUACUGCUCCAGCCCGUACAUUGCCACUCCAGAGGAAUACCAGGUGCCUCAUGUUGGCAGCUUCAACAUCUCGAUACCUGUUGUGGAGACAACGCUAACCAACAUUUCGAAGUUCGAGGCCACUUGA